AUGAAUGACCGACGGCUGUUUGUUAACAGUGGAAUGCUUCGAGUUCAACCCUCUGACCAUCUGGCCAAACUCGAAAAAGAGACGUUGGACAGCAUGCAGCGAGACGGAUUGCGAGACACGCAAUUCGUGAAGAGUAAUUUGACGGACUGCGAGCGCGCCGAAAACCUGGGCUGGAAAAACAAACUUCUCGAUUUCGAGAUUCCCGAAUCCCCUGGCAAAAGCUAUGAAGCAGUCCUGGACUCAUUGGCCGGCUUCUUACGAUGCAGCAAUGCCUGCGCUCACUAUCGGGAGGUGGCCGUUGCUAAAGGCGUCAAAUUUCACCUCGGAUCGGAGCGUGGAGCCGUUGAGACAUUAAUCAAAGUUGCUAGCAGCAUCGAUCCGAAGAAGAUGAAGGUAACAGGACUCAAAACAAAGGACGGAGUGAUCCAUGAAGCCGAUACUGUUGUUGUCGCUGCUGGGUCAUUCUCAACACAAAUACUUCCUGACUUGAGUUACCACCUUGAAUCAUCUGCCGGAAGUCUUGCAACAUUCAAGAUAGAUCCAGGAAUUACUGACCUAUGGGAAAAGUAUUCACCCGAGCGUUUCCCUGUCAUGACUUGGAAGAGCACUCCACGGGAUAAGUCAGGAAAAGAUACAGGAAGUAUAUAUGUUCUACCACGAACCCCUGAAGGUCUGGUAAAGAUUGGAUACCGUGGAAUCAAAUGGACGAAUUUCCACCCGGCUCCCAGUGAUGCACCAUUCUCCCAGGACGGCCAAUGGUCGACGCCUCUUCCCUUGGAUGAGUGCUCAAUUCUCCCAGAGCCGGCCUUACAUGCAGUCAGCCAGUUUGUGUCUAUUUUCAUGCCCGAAUUCGUGAAUGCCCCGUUUUAUUCUACGAAACUUUGCUGGUAUACCGAUUCCUUGGAUAAUUCCUUCGUGCACGCAGCAGACAUUCUUGAAAAUGGUGACAAGAGCUCAUCUUUUAUGCGCCCGUUCUGGCGCUGGCGCCCCGACGCACCCCGGAGAAAUGGCCUGGAAGAAGGGCCCGGUGGACCGCGAGAUAUUGGCCACGCCUAA